CCUGUAUCGGUCGGACGGUCACACUGUCCCUUAAUUGAAAACAAAUCAAUGCAAAAUGCUAAAAUAGUUUAAAAUAGUUUUAUUUAUAAGUGAAAAAGUGAAUCUUUAGUGCAAUUAUGUUUCUGCCCGAAACAGCCAUCUUCUGCAUCACUCUGCUGGUCUAUGGGGCCAUACUUCUGCUGCUAAUCUAUUAUGUUCUGACAUUGGCAGACCUGGAGUGCGACUAUUUGAACGCCCAGGAGUGUUGUCGACGGCUAAAUUUCUGGGUAAUACCUAAAUUUGGCUCCCACGCCCUGCUUUGCGGCCUUCUCUUGCUGGGCGGACACUGGAUAAUGUUUUUGCUAAAUCUGCCCAUGGUCAUUUGGCUAUUUUACGAGCUGCAUCGUCAGCGGCGGGAUAGUUUAGGCGUCUACGACCCCGUGGAUAUACAUAGUCGUGGAUUGUUAAAGGUGCAUUUAAGGAACUGCAUGAUCUAUUUGGGCUACUACUUUGUCAUGUUCUUUGUGGGGUUGUAUUGCCUGAUUUCAUCGCUAAUCAAGGGAGAUCCCAUUAAGCGGUACGAGGAUGAUGAAAUUAUCACAGACUUUUGAAUUUUAGCUUAAUACUAAGGCUCGACUCAAAGGGCUUCCAGAUGAACGCACAUUUUUGUUAUCUGAAUUUACACAAAGUCGGCGAUUUCAACACUCUAUUGUUUCUUUGACUUCUUCGGCAAUAAGCAGAGUUUAUAAUUUCAAAAAAUUAACCAUCCUAGUCGCACUUCAUAAUCAUUUUAUUUAUUCCAUUUUUAGUAAUAUAAGCGUAUUCGAUAAGACAUCACAAAAUACAUAGCUAUACAAAUUCAACAACGCA